AUGAAGCUGCCGGAGCUCAAAGCAUACUUACAAAAUCGAGGAAUUACUGUUAACAGUUACCUCAAACCAGGACUUGUAGCUAUUGCUUGUGCCGUGGAAGCAAUGAGUCUUCCAUUGCUUUAUCAAGUCAGUGAAGCCCAAGACCAGUUAAAUCUAAGCCGUCGUUUGAGAGUUCACGGUAUUAAGCUACCCGUUCCUUUUAAAAUGAAU